ACUUCUACGCUGGUGCGUUUUUCUGGGACGAUCAUGUCAGACCAAGUUUUCACUUUCACAACGGGGAUACUUUGUAGAGAUGUACCCUGCAGUUCGGAAAACAUCAACGUGUAGAAGAGUGACGAAUCCUUAGCCUGCAGUCAGUGAAUGAAUUUCAUGACAAGUGAUGAUUGCCCGCCUUAGAAUACCACAUGCAUGUGUCUGAGAACCAAUGGUCUGGACGAACAAUGCAAGUUGACUCCGAGGCAAGUCUAAACUUCGCGCCACUGUGACAGAAAAAACGUCCACGUCCACAUCCGAAAGGGCAUUGUUUCCAAGUACAAGAACACGAAAAAUCAAGAUCCAAUCCCUCAUCCGCCGCGCCCUAGACAGACAUGGACCGCGCCGCCACUCAGCAUGCUGCCAUAUCCAAAACGGCCACGAAACGGACCUACACCCACAAGUGUGGUAGGUGCCGUACCGUUCUUGAAUAUGACACACACGCCGACUGGCCCACGAUUAGCCUCCUUGUCGACGAGCAUUAUUUCGCUUGUCCAGUAAAGCUCGACUUUCGUGGGCCUGCCCCAUCUCACCCCUCUUCCGAACCCGAUGACGCACAGAGUCCUCUAUGUGACUCUAGCGAGAACGUAGAUGCCGCUGAUAACAAGCAAGAUGAGCCACUCAUCCAAGUCGCGGGAUCUAGCAAGCAGAGGAAAACCGAAGCUCAGCGGAAACAGGAGUUAGAAGACGACGAGUACACGUACGAUGUACGACCCACAUCCGUCAUAUGCCGUGGGUGUGACAGAGAGAUUAGCCUCGACAAGCGCUCGAGGUAUUACCCAGGAUUAUGGAUGAAACAUCGAGGGAAAUGUGCAAGAAUAUACAAGAUCGAGAACGAGAAACUCGCCCGAAGUGGAGACGGGUUUUGUCCGUCAAAUACAGAACGGCGCCCGACAGCUGCUAGCUUUUUUGAGCUAGAUAAUCCCCGAGCUGACGGCAUUUCGCGAACGGCGAACUCUGUUGAGGAUAAUACGUUACGAUCCAUGGAACUGUCGGAUGAUGAAGGCCCGGAAGAGGAGAAUCAGGAUCACAUCCCUUUCGCCACAUUGAACCAGAGAUUUUAUACCGAGUGCCGGCGAAGGGGAGACGUGCCUUGGAAGUACCGGUACGCUACCACAAAGGAAAUCAUGGAGCAAUCGUUGGGCGACAUUGGAUGCUAAAUGAUGGGCUGAGUAUCACAGGGCAUGCGUAGACCCUUUGUUAUGUUCACUUACUAGUAGUACCGAUGGUGAUGCUA